AUGUCGUCACAGCCUAAUUGUCUUUCUGUGGCUUCCACAACCUACGGAGUUGCUCAGAUCAAAGCCGACAUUCGUGCUGAUGCCAACCGCGACGGAAAGGUUGACCUGAAAGGCUCUUCCGACCUCGUGGGCAAAGUUAAAUGGACCGAAGCCACCGGUGCUAUCUUUCUUCCGAAUAUUGGCGACACCGACCGGAGAUGCUCCAAGAAGGCUUUGAGUGGCCCAGCUCUUAGUAACGAGAAGCUGGACGACUGCAAUGAUGCCUCGGACAACAUACAGCGAGCACCUCGAUACUUGGCUCCUCUCAAGACUGUUCCCCUCCCUGCUGCUUCCAAGAACAUCAAGGGCACUGUAUCGGUCCCUGAUCCCAAGCAGAGGCCUUAUGUGCGCAUCUUCCAGAAGAAAGGGAGCGGUUGGAUCUACGUCGACAAUAAGCAUGUCUUUACGCAAACAGAACUUAAGCAAGGGCUGGAACUAGGUAUCGACGGCCGUGACACUCGAAGACCAAAUAGCUGGGACGGGCGUGUCACAGUUCGGUUUGAGUUGCAUGACGGAAGUGUCAAGUCUUCUGAUGAGGUGACUCUGCGUGUCGCUCCUGUCUUGACUCAUCACCAUCUUCAAAAGGUUGAACAAGUACUGGCCGUUCAAGGAAACAAAAACGAUUCACCCUUCCUUGUCGGUUUUACUGAUAGCCUUUCUUCUAUAACUAAGGCGGCUGGUAUUAAAAAGGACCUGUACCUUUUCAACGCCAGCGAUGAUAUCUGGACUCAAGACUUUGUCGAGCCUGGCUACGCAAGUAUUCCCGGGCCGGAAGGGCCUAUCUCGAUUCGCAUCAUGAUUCGAUCUCCUCAAGACGAACGCGUGGCUGGUCGACAGCUUUUCGAGUAUUAUCGCAAAGCUGGUGUUGGCGCGGUUCAACAUCUCGGUGGAGCACGCGACGAGAUUAACUCUGGCGGCAACAUCGAGACUAUCCCUCCUCACACUCACAAGGGAAAGUCCUGGCCUGCUGGUCGAGUCAUCUUGGGCAACCACGGCAAGCAGAAACACCACAUUCUCCCAUAUCUAGAGGCUCAAGAGUCGCAGAAACCCAUUUUGCUCGAUACGUCUUGGCUCGCAAUCGGUCAUGUUGAUGAGUUUGUUCAGUUUUUACCAGCUGACAAUAAAAAGGGAUGGGUUGCUGUGAUUGAUGAUCCCCGAGCCGCCAUUAAGCUUCUGAAGGAUGUACACAAGGCCGGCUAUGGGUCGCUGCCGGCUAUCUCACGCAAGAAUGACACCACCACUCCUGGAGAAAGCUGCAGUAGCUGGUCCUGCGGACCCAUCCCCGUCAACCCUUCUACUAUCGCCGAACUUCUUGCCGACCAGGAGAAGAUGAAGAUCAAUGAGCAGUGCGCGCAGAAGAUUGACGACAACAUCAAGAUUCUCAAGGAGGAAGUCGGUAUUGCAGAUGCGGAUAUUAUCCGUAUUCCUGCAUUAUUCCAAACCAGCGACUUCCCUGGUACCGACAACAGAAAGCUUCAAGUCGGCGCUUUCUUCCCAGGUGUUGUCAAUAACUUGGUCCUUACUGGCUACCGUACCUGUGUUGCUCCGAACCCUUGGGGCCCUGUUGUCAAAGGCAAGGAUAUUAUCGCGGAGGCGAUUAAAUCCAAGUACGCUAAGCUUGGACUCAAUCUUAAGUUUAUUGAUGACUGGAACACUCACCAUAAUUAUGGAGGAGAGGUUCACUGUGGAAGCAACUCCAUUCGAGACAUGUCUGCUCGCUGGUGGUGA